CUGGAAGGAGGUGCCGGGGUAGGAAGUGGGCUGGGGAAAGUUUAUAAAUCGCCCCCGCCCUCGACUCCUCUUAAUCGAGGUCCGCUGAAGGCUCGGAGCGCGUCGGGCGGACACUCCUCGCGGCUCUUCCCCGGCGGCGGCAGCGGCAGCGGCAGCGGCAGCGGCGGCUCGGAGCGGGCUCCGGGACUGGAGCGCAGCGGCCAUAGGACACCGAGCUGCGAGGAUUACCCGGGGAAGUGGUUGUCCCCCUGGUUGGAGCCGCGGAGAGGGGCGCUCGCGGCGGAGGGCCGGAGCGCGAGGAGGCAGAUUCGGGCGGCUGUGGGUCUGUGGCCCGCGAGCGGCGCGGGGAGCGGGCAAGCAGGCCGCGUCGCGCUCACCAUGGUCAGCUGCUGGGACACCGGGCUCCUGCUGUACGCGCUGCUUGGCGGUCUGCUGCUUACAGGAUCUAGUUCAGGUUCAAAAUUAAAAGGUCCUGAACUGAGUUUAAAAGGCACCCAGCACGUCAUGCAAGCAGGCCAGACACUGUAUCUCCAAUGUAGAGGGGAAGCAGCCCAUUCAUGGUCUUUGCCUGAAACAGUGAGAAAGGAAAGCAAAAGGCUGAGCAUAGCUAAAUCGGCCUGUGGAAGGCAUGGCAAACAGUUUUGCAGUACUCUGACCUUGAACGCGGCUCAGGCAAACCACACUGGCUUCUACAGCUGCAAAUAUCUAUCUAUACCUGCUUCAAAGAAGAAGAAAACAGAAUCUACGAUCUACAUAUUUAUUAAUGAUACAGGUAGACCUUUCUUAGAGAUGCACAGUGAAAUACCCGAAAUUAUAUAUAUGACUGAAGGAAGGGAGAUCGUCAUCCCCUGCCGGGUCACAUCACCUAACAUCACUGUGACUUUAAAAAAGUUUCCCCUUGACACCCUGAUCCCGGAUGGAAAACGAAUAAGGUGGGACAGUAGGAAGGGUUUUAUAAUAGCAAAUGCAACAUACAGAGAGAUCGGCCUUCUGACCUGUGAAACGACAGUCAACGGACAUUUGUACAAGAGCAACUAUCUCACCUAUCGACAAACCAAUACCAUCCAAGAUGUCCAGAUAAGCACGCCAAGCCCAGUCAAGUUACUUCGAGGUCACACUCUUACCCUCAACUGCACCGCUACCACUGCUUUGAACACAAGGGUUCAGAUGACUUGGAGUUAUCCUGGUGAAACAAAGAAGAGAGCAUCUAUAAGGCAACGAAUUGGCCAGCGCACCUCCGUUGCCAUUGUGUUCUAUAGCGUUCUUACUAUUGACAAAGUACAGAACAGAGACAAAGGACUUUAUACUUGCAAUGUGAAGAGUGGCCCGUCGUUCAAAUCUGUGAACACGUCAGUGCAUAUAUAUGAUAAAGCAUUCAUCACGGUGAAACAUCGAAAACAGCACGUGCUGGAGACCAUAGCCGGCAAGCGGUCCUACAGGCUCUCUGUGAAAGUGAAGGCAUUUCCCUCACCAGAGGUUCUAUGGUUAAAAGAUGGGUUCCCUGUGACUGAGAAAUCUCCUCGCUACCUGGUUCAUGGCUACGCAUUAAUUAUCAAAGAUGUCACUGCAGAGGACGCCGGGGAUUACACGGUCUUGCUGGCCAUAAAGCAGUAUGGCGUGUUCCAAAACCUUACCACCACUUUAAUUGUAAAUGUGAAACCCCAGAUCUAUGAAAAAGCCGUGUCAUCCUUUCUAGACCCGACUCUCUAUCUCCUGGGCAGCAGACAAAUCCUGACUUGUACCAUUUAUGGUAUCCCUCAACCUACAGUCACAUGGUACUGGCAUCCCUGUAACCAUAGUCAUUCCAAAGCAAGGUAUGACUUUUGCUCCAAUAAUGAAGAGUCCCUAAUCCUGGAUCCUGACAGCAACCUAGGAAACAGGAUUGAGAGCAUCAUUCAGCGGACAGCAGUAAUAGAAGGAAAGAAUAAGACGGCUAGCACCUUGGUUGUGGCUGACUCUAGAAUUUCUGGAAUCUACAGUUGCAUGGCUUCCAAUAAAGUAGGGACUGUGGAAAGAAACAUAAGCUUUUAUGUCACAGACGUGCCAAAUGGAUUUCAUGUUAACUUGGAAAAAAUGCCUACAGAAGGAGAGGACCUGAAACUGUCUUGCACAGUUAACAAGUUCUUAUAUAGAGACAUUACUUGGAUCUUGCUGCGGACAGUUAAAAACCGAACAAUGCACCACAGCAUCAGCAAGCAGAAAAUGGCCAUCACGAAAGAGAACUCCAUCACGCUCAAUAUCACCAUCAAGAACGUUUCCCUGGAAGAUUCAGGCACCUAUGCCUGCAGAGCCAGGAACAUAUACACAGGGGAAGAAAUCCUUCAGAAGAAAGAAGUUACAAUUAGAGAUCAGGAAGCGCCACACCUUCUGCGAAACCUCAGUGACCACACGGUGGCCAUCAGCAGCUCCACUACCCUAGACUGUCACGCUACCGGCGUCCCAGAGCCUCAGAUAACCUGGUUUAAAAACAACCACAAAAUCCAGCAAGAACCGGGAAUUAUUUUAGGACCAGGAAGCAGCACGCUGUUUAUUGAAAGAGUCACAGAAGAGGAUGAAGGGGUCUAUCACUGCAAAGCCACCAACCAGAAGGGGUCCGUGGAAAGUUCCGCGUACCUCACUGUUCAAGGGACCUCAGACAAAUCUAACCUGGAGCUCAUCACUCUGACGUGUACCUGCGUGGCUGCGACCCUCUUCUGGCUCCUGUUGACGCUCUUCAUCCGAAAACUGAAAAGGUCUUCUUCUGAAAUAAAAACAGACUACCUAUCGAUCAUAAUGGACCCAGAUGAAGUUCCCCUGGACGAGCAGUGUGAGCGGCUCCCUUAUGAUGCCAGCAAAUGGGAGUUUGCCCGGGAGAGACUGAAACUGGGCAAGUCCCUUGGAAGAGGGGCUUUUGGAAAAGUGGUUCAAGCUUCUGCAUUUGGCAUUAAGAAGUCACCCACGUGCCGGACUGUGGCUGUGAAAAUGCUGAAAGAGGGGGCCACAGCCAGUGAGUACAAAGCUCUGAUGACUGAGCUCAAGAUCUUGACCCACAUCGGCCACCAUCUGAAUGUAGUCAACCUGCUGGGAGCCUGUACCAAGCAAGGAGGACCCCUGAUGGUGAUUGUCGAAUAUUGCAAAUAUGGAAAUCUGUCCAACUACCUCAAAAGCAAACGAGACUUAUUCUUUCUCAACAAGGACGCCGCAUUACACGUGGAGCCUAAGACAGAAAAAAUGGAGUCAGACCUUGAACAAGACAAGAAACCAAGACUAGAUAGUGUCACCAGCAGCGAGAGCUUCGCAAGCUCCGGGUUUCAGGAAGAUAAAAGUCUGAGCGAUGUUGAGGAAGAGGAGGACUCUGAUGAUUUCUACAAGCAGCCCAUCACUAUGGAAGAUCUGAUUUCUUACAGUUUCCAAGUGGCCAGAGGCAUGGAGUUUUUGUCUUCCAGAAAGUGCAUUCAUCGGGACCUGGCAGCAAGAAAUAUUCUUUUAUCGGAGAACAAUGUGGUGAAGAUUUGCGAUUUUGGCCUUGCCCGGGAUAUUUAUAAGAACCCCGAUUAUGUGAGAAAAGGAGAUACUCGACUUCCUCUGAAGUGGAUGGCUCCCGAAUCUAUCUUCGACAAAAUCUACAGCACCAAGAGCGACGUGUGGUCUUACGGAGUUCUGCUAUGGGAAAUCUUCUCCCUAGGUGGGUCUCCAUACCCGGGUGUGCAGAUGGACGAGGACUUCUGCAGCCGCCUGAAGGAAGGCAUGAGGAUGAGGGCCCCUCAGUACGCAACUCCUGAAAUCUACCAGAUCAUGUUGGACUGCUGGCACAAAGACCCAAAAGAAAGGCCAAGAUUUGCAGAACUUGUGGAAAAGCUAGGCGAUUUGCUUCAAGCAAACGUACAACAGGACGGCAAGGACUAUAUCCCAUUAAAUGCCAUACUGACAGGAAAUAGUGGGUUCACAUAUUCACCUCCUGCCUUCUCUGAUGACUUCUUCAAGGAAGAGAUUUCACAUCCAAAGUUCAAUUCAGGAAGUUCUGAUAAUGUCAGAUACGUAAAUGCUUUCAAUUUCAUGAGUCUGGAGAGAAUCAAAACCUUUGAAGAACUUUCACCAAACACCACCUCUAUCUUUGAUGAUUACCAGGUGGACAGCAGCACCCUGCUGGCCUCCCCCUUGUUGAAGCGCUUCACCUGGGCUGAGAGCAAACCCAAGGCCUCUGUGAAGAUUGACUUGAGAGUAACCAGUAAAAGCAAGGAGUCGGGGCUUUCUGACCUCACGCCGCCUGCUUUCUGCCCUUCCGGAUGUGGGCACAUCAACAGAGGAAGACGCAGGUUCACGUAUGACAAUUCAGAGCUGGAAAAGAAGAUUUCGUGCUGCUCUCCUCCCCCAGACUACAACUCGGUGGUCUUAUAUUCCACCCCGCCUGUCUAAAGUUUGACACAUCACCUUUCUAGAACCACACAAGUAUUUAUGCCCCCUGAAAACUAGCUUUUGCCAGUAUGACACAUAUAUAAAUUUACACCUUUACCUUUCCACAGGA